CAGUACAAAUCCCGAACCUGUGAGCGGGAUAGACAAAAGUACGGAGUCCGUUGCAGCGCCGGCAGAAGUAGAACAACGAAGAGUUUCCCCACCUGUUUCUCCAUCUCUCCCACCACCUGUUUCUCCACCUGUUUCUCCACCUGUCCCUCCACCUGUUUCUCCGCCUGUCCCUCCGCCUGUUUCUCCACCUGUCCCUCCACCUGUUUCUCCGCCUGUCCCUCCGCCUGUUUCUCCACCUGUUCCUCCGCCUGUUUCUCCAUCUCUCCCACCACCUGUUUCUCCACCUGUUUCUCCAUCUGUCCCUCCACCUGUUUCUCCACCUGUUCCUCCACCUGUUCUUCCGCCUGUUUCUCCACCCGUUUCUUCGCCUGUUCCUCCGCCUGUUUCUCCACCUAUUUAUACGCUUGUUUCUUCGCCUGUUUCUUCGCCUGUUCCUCCGCCCGUUUCUCCACCCGUUUCUCCACCCGUUCCUCCACCCGUUCCUCCACCCGUUCCUCCACCCGUUCCUCCACCCGUUUCUCCACCCGUUUCUCCACUCGUUUCUCCACCC